AUCAGAAACUUGCGUUGCCACACACCGUAAAAACUUUGUAUUUCUAGAGGGACUUUUACCUUGACUUGGACUAAGACUGGACACCGCAGCGAAUCGCAAUGAGUUAGUUUGUCGUGCUUGCAUAGGCCCGAGGGCCUUUGGUCAACGGGAGAAAUGACGGCUUGCAUUUCUUAGGGCCUCAUAGAAGCCCGCAUGACGAGCGGUGUUCCAGAGGCCUUCGGCUUCGUGCCACGGCACAUCGUUGCUGACCUCCAGGAUGUUGGCAAUUGGAAGUCACGGGCGACCGCUAUCGAUGCCUUGCACAAGUACCUUAAGGAUGUUGCCAAGCCUGCCACCCUGGUCCCCUCGCUCGCGGACUUUGUCAAGUUCCUGGCGGACCUUGUUGUCGAUGCGAACUUUAAAAUUGCAAUAUCUGCAAUGUCAAUCCUUGGGGACCUGGCGACAAAGGUUGGCAGCGAACUGCAACCUUACCUCAGAGUGGCUGCCAUCUCGCUGCUUGACAAGCUGGUGGACAGCAAGAUCCUGGUGCGCGGCGCCAACAUGAAGCUCAUCAAGCGGCUCAUGCACGCCUGCUCGCCCGCCACGGUGCUGGCGGAGCUGGCGGCGGCGGGCGCCAGCAAACCCAACUGCCGGGUGCGGGAGGAGCUCAUCAACGUGCACAUCAUGGCCAUGCUUGCUUUCAGCCGCGGCUCCUACGACGCCGCCGCGGUGUACCGGCUGCUGGCGAGCGGGCUGGAGGACGCGAAGGAGAAGGUGCGGCUGGUGGCGCUGGAGGGGCUGGCGGUGCUGCACAGCCGGCUGGGGGGCGAGGAGCUGGCGGCGCUCAUGGCAGGGGGCGGCGGGCAGCAGGCGGGCGGGGGGCAGCCGCUGGCGGAGGCGCUGCGGGCGCAGGUGGCGGCGCGGCUGGCGAACCCGGCGCUGCCGGUGCUGAACGGGGACGGGCUGGUGGAGCAUGCGGUGGAGCUGCCCAGCAGCGAUAACCCGGACAUACGGCUGGUGGAUGCGGCGUUUGGGGGAGCGCCGGGUGUCAAGAUGUCUUGGGGCGAAACCGCCACGCCACCCCGGCCGCGCAUGCGCAGCAAUCCCACCGCCGACGGCCUGGCCCCGGCGGUCUCCCGGCCCGCACAGCCCAUUGCCAUCCCUGCUCCCCCUGCCCCGGGCGCUGCCUCCGGACUUGACCUCAUGGCGCGCAUGGGCUCGGACCCGGUUGCCAGCGGCCGGCGGGAGGCGUUGCUGCAUAUGGACGGCGGGAGGGGGACGGGCGGGGGUGGGUUGCCGGCCGCUCACCCUCCCAUGCACAUGGAAGGUGGGAGGGGGACGGGCGGGGGUGGGUUGCCGCCCACCCACCCUCACGUGCAGCAGGAAGACGCCGGCCUGCUGCCCCCGCCACAUCGCUCGGGGAGCAUACAGCCACUGCCGCCUACAACCGGCAGGCUUGGCUCGCACGACUUGCUUUCGGGCGGAGCGCCCAUCACUGCCGCCCCGCUGCUGAGUGCCACUGGCUGGAGCUCCCACAACCCGCACCUGCAGCAGCAAUCAGCCUCUCACCCGCACCCGCAGCCGGGCAGCAGCAGCCUGCACCGCGGCACCUCCCCGCUGCGGGAGGUGACCAUGUCGGGGCCGGGGGGGCUGUCGCUGCUGGGCACGGAAAACUCGCAGGAGCACAGCGGCGGUGGCAGCGGGCCGGGCGGGCUGGGGCACGGCAGCGCGCUGCAGCCGCUGAAGCACCCAUGGGGAGCCUCCCGCUCCCUGGACAGCCAGGCUGCGGGCGCCGCCAGGGGGCUGCAGGAGGGCUGCGAGGACAGCCCGCUGUCGCCCACUCGGGGCUACCAACCGCUAUUCAACCACCGACACAGCGGCUCCACGGCCACCGGCGACCCCGGGCGGGACAGUCUGGACCUGCUGGCCCCGCGCCCCACCUCCGUGCGCACGCAGGCGGCGCAGGAGCUGCGGGAGUCGCGGGGGCCGCCCGCCCACUCGCACUCGCACCCGCCUCCGCAGAUGCCCGCGUUCAGCUCGCAGCAGCUGCACCACCACCUGCCGCCGCAGCAGCAACAGCAAGGGUUAUCUGGGACGCAGGCAUCCACAGGGUUAUGGCUGCCGAGCGGUCUGGAACAAGACAGCGCUGUUACCCGGCAAGAGACCUUUAGCCCCAGCAAAGCGGAAAUGCUCGCCCGGCUCAAAAACCGGCAGAUUGAGAAGCGAGCGGCCACCGCGCAACAGUUGGACGCCGGGCAGGGCCCCGCCAGCAGCGACCUCGCCUCCGCCCCCACUGACCUGCCCGCGCCCUCGCUCAGCUUCUCCGUGGGCCAGAACGCGCGGCGCUACCUGGUGCAGCAGUUCUCGGACGGCCAGCGGGAGGGGGCCAGCAGCCGCGCCGAGGCCGCUAACCCACGCGGCUACAACAGCGUCCUCAACACCCCCACACGCGCACAGGGCACCCCUGCCAACCCCUUUGACGACGGCCCCCCCUCGACGCAUGGACACCGCCCGGCGCGUGUGGGCUUGGCGGCUCGGCUGAACCGCGCAACACCGCUGAACUCCGACUCGGCCCUUGCAUCUGGACUGGGCAGCGGCCCCGGCCCGGGCUCAGCAGGGGCGGGGCCUGGGCAGCCGCCGUCCGCGGCGAUUGCGAUUCCCACUCGGUCCCCCACGCUUCCAGGCUCGCAUUCCGGCACCCCGGGUGCUAGCGAGGACUACCCCGCACGCAAUCCCUCGCCCGCACUCAACCGCCUGCGUGCUCGCUCAGCCGAAAACACAGCAGCCAACCCGGGCACCCCUGGGGGCCCCGGAAGUGGCCCCGGGGCCGGGGGCGGGGCGGGGGUCAGCAGCGGGGGCGGUCCGGGGCCCACGCCCGCCACUCCCGGCACCGCCGCGGGUGCGUACUGGGAGAAGGGCCGCGGCGGAGAUGUGGGUUCGGAGGAGCUUACACCCUUGGCGGAACCGGAGAAGGUCAUCAAGGAGGUGAUCGCCAAGCUGACCAAGGCCAACCAUGCAGACCGAAAGGAGCUGCAGUGGCACGAGCAGUACGAGGCGCUCAUAGACGCGCGGCGGCUGGUACGACACCACCACGAGCAUGUGAAGAACUACAUGCACGAGUUCAUCCGCGCAGCCGCACCCGCCAUCGACCAGCUGCGCAGCCAGACGGCCAAGUGCGCCCUGAUGCUGUUCCAGGAAUGCUUCUGCCUGCUCAAUCCCCGUGUCCUGGAACGCGAGCUGGACGAGAUCGUGCCGGUGCUGCUCAAGAAGGCGGGCGAGGUCUCCAACGCCGGCCGCGACAACUUCCUAGCAGCCGAGGCGGACCGCGUACUUGCAGAGAUGUACCGCUGUUGCAGCGAGUCACGCUCCACGACCGCACUGCUGAGCUGCGCCGGCCACAAGAACCCCUACGUGCGCGGCAAGGUGGCCUUCCACCUGGACAACCACCUAGAGGCCUGCGCGGGCGGCGGCGGCGGGCGGCAGACGUUAGCGGGCAACACCGCCUGCAUAGAGCGGUUGUUCAAGGCGGCUGCGGCGUUUUUGGAGGAGGGAUCUCUGGACACUCGUACCCACGGCAAGCGCAUCAUCUGGCAUGUCAAAGGGCUGAUGCCCAGUCGCGCUGAAUUCGAGCGGCUGUUGGCGUGCUUGACGCCCGAGUCGUUGCAUCGAAAGGUGGUGGAUGUGGUGGAGGGGCUCAACGGCCCGCCGCCGCCGCCAUCGCGGGGUUUCGCUGGGGCAGGAGCAACUGCAGGGGCGGGAAGCCGCAUGGCGUCACGGCAAGUGGGCACAGGCACGGGUGCGACGCCGGCUAGCCCAGCGCGGCCGUUGUUAGACCAGGCGGCUGGGAGUUUGACGCAGCCACCGCCGCCGGUACGGCAAGGCAGCUACUCGGCGCCGUCGCCGUUGCAUUCUGGCAGUGCGACGCCCGAGCGGCGGCGGUUGGGGCGGCAACGCACUAACGAUCUCGACGGUAUCCCGGAGAGCGGCGGCAACAGCCGUACCAACAGCUUUAACGGUCGCCAACCGCGGCUCAGUGCGGGCGCCGGCGCCGCUGGCGGCGGCAUGGGUGUUGGCGGAGGCGGCCUGUCCAGUAGCGGCCGCCUGCGUCAUGCCGCCAGUGCUGACGGCAGCACCAGCUCCGCCGGCAUGCCUUCAAGCAGCACCAGCAGCAACGGCUUCGGACCCAUGGUUCAGGAGACGGUUGUGAAGGCGCUGCAGCUGCUGACCGCCAAGGACUUCCGCGAACGGAUUGAAGCCAUGCGCAACGUGGAGGGUGUGGUUUCGGCGCUGUCCGGCGCACCUGACGGCCUGCUCAUGACGCUGUUAGACGCGCUGGUCGCUCGGCUCGGCGACGGAAACACCAAGGUCUCCAUGGCCGCACUCGGACUGGUUGCAAACCUGGCUGGCUCCCUACGACACCGCAUGUCGCUAGGGCUCAACACCUUGGUUCCCGCACUAGCAGCGACCCUGGGCUCAACCAAUGACAAGGUCCGAGCCGAGGCAGUGGUGGCUGCCGACUCGCUGCUCGCCUCGCUGGACCCGGCCAUGCUGGUGCAGCACUUUAGUCACUGCGUGGGCAACGGCACGCUGCAACGCGGCAAACCCAUUCUGGUGGAGAAGCUGGUGCAGAUCGUGAACGGGUUGUACGGCACCAAGCCUCAGCUGGUGACGAGGUACGCGGUGCCAGCGGCGUUUGCGCUGUUGAACGACAGUCGCGGCGGGGAGGCCAAGGCGGCGGCGAAUGCGCUGUUGGGUGCGCUGGCUCGGCUGAUGGGCCCCGCGCUGCUGGAGCAGGCGACGUCGUUGAAUGGGGUGGCGCAGCAGAAGGUAGCGGAGGCGGUGGCGGCGGCGACGGGGCAGGUUAUGAGUGAGUGGGACCGGGAGCGGUCGGGUACAGGGGACAGGCACGGUGGCGGGGGGCGGUAGCAGCCGUGUGACACGGCAGAUAGUAGGGAGCAGGGCUGGUGAUGGUGUUGGUGGCUUGGCAUGGGUGGGUUUCUGACAGCAUCAGGGUGUUGUAGUAACACAUGUGUUGAUACCGGGUAGGUUUUGGGUUGGGCGGAGGAGCUCGUAGGAGGGAAAAGGGCGGUUGGUUAUGGCACGGCCUAAACUCGCUCGUGGCUCGGAGACGAACCGCCGGAAAGGCGGACGGGCCUAGCUGUCGGCUGUUCUAGCCUGCGCGAGGUCAUUAUUACCUGGACUACCGAGGCUUCUCUUGCUGUUGACUGCAUGGACGAUGCCAGGUGUGCUGCCUCCGGUGACUCGUGGACGAACACUCUCUAGUAUAUACGGGACAUGUGACCGCACCCAACACCAUGCACGGGUGCAUGAACGGGUGUGUCUGGCAAGACAGCACUGCGCAUCGGUGAUUGCACGGGAUUGGGGAAAAGAUUUUGGCGUAGCAUACUUAAUACAAUCGUGGAUUGCAUCAGCAAAAAGUCAUUGUGGUUUGGACUGGUGGUCAUGCACAAUAGCACUGUUCCCAUUCGCUUUCAAGAUUCCUGGAGGUGUAUGCUGAGUUGAGUAGAUUAUACCGGUACACAUUGUGGGGCAUCUGGGAAUGUCAUCUCGCGUUGUGGUUUAAGUAGACCCAAGAGGAGUGCAGACGUGCGCUGAUUCAGGUGAUACUGACACGUGUGCCGUACGAUGUCUAAUGACCUGCAAGGUCGUGUGCUAUACAAGAGCGCGAUGAACAAUGAGUGUGACUCAGGUUACAAUUGUGCAUGGUUGGCGGGUGGCGAAUGUUGUAUAUCUGCUGGAAUGCGCUAGGAUAGCAGGAGUGCACGGCCACGUCUACUGCUGGUAUACGGAUGCGGAUGGAUUGCCGCCGCCACUACCGCCCUCCAGCCGGCCCUCGCCGCUGCCAAACCCACUUGCGGCCUCUUUCGUGCUUUCACCGCCGUCCGUACUGUCUACGGCGCUUGGAGCAUUAAGCUCCUGCUUAGAGGUCGCUCCUGGCGCCUCACGGAGUUUGCGGAUGAGCUCAGCCACCCGCGGCCUCUUGAUGCUGCCUAGGCCACCACCAACGCCGCCGUCACUGGGAGCACCACCGCCGCCCCUGCCAUCGGCAUUAGUAGCCUGCCGCUGCGGCGACUCUCCAUGGCCAUCGCCUUGACGUUGGUGAUCGCUGCAGCCUACAUGCAAGAAACGCAGUGCAGAGGGGUUGUGAAACAAGCAGAAGGUUGUAUGGGAAGAGCAGUCGAGAGGCGAUGGGAGGGUUGGCGGUCAGAGGAGAUGGAGGGCGCCAGCAAAAUGUCAAGGGGGCAGCGUAAUGACAGG